UCUCAACAAAUACAAAGGAGAAAGCCGAGGAAAGUAUAAUGACCGCUGCAUUGUAUGCCUACUUAUUUCCGACGGCGGCCUCUCCCUCCCAAUUUGCUCCUCCCAAGCUUCUCUUCUCUUCAAAAUUCUCUCAAAUUCCUCCUCAUUUCUCCCACCUUUCAACCCACAGGUAUUCUGAGAACAGCUAGUAGGCCUUUCUCUGUGGCAAAACUGCAAUCUGUAUCAUCCAUGGCAGAGGUUAUGGAGAGAGUAGGGAGUGUUAAGCAACAAUUACAGAGACUAUUUGGAGAAGCCCUCAGAGAUAAAUUUCCUGAUGAGUUAGAUAUAGUUCCUAUUAUUACUCCUUGCAAAGAUCUAAGACACGGCGAUUAUCAAUGCAAUAAUGCAAUGAGCUUAUUUGCGAAAAUUAAAGGCAGAGUUCCUGAAUUCAAGAAACCCCAGGCUGUGGGACAGGCAAUCAUGGACAGUCUUCCUGAUUCAGAAAUGAUUAGGGGGUGCACAAUAGCAGGACCUGGCUAUGUAAACGUUACAUUGUCAACAGAAUGGAUGGCAAAGAGAAUUCAUAAAAUGCUUAUUGAUGGUGUUGAAACAUGGGCGCCAGAACCUCCAGUCCAAAGGGCAAUAGCUGAUUUUUCCUCACCUAACAUAGCAAAAGAGAUGCAUGUUGGGCACUUGAGAUCUACCAUUAUUGGAGACACACUGGCCCGUAUGCUGGAGUUUCAAAAUGUUGAAGUUCUUAGGAGAAACCAUGUUGGUGACUGGGGAACACAGUUUGGCAUGCUGAUAGAAUAUCUAUUUGAAGAAAAUCCUAACUGGGAGGCUGCUCCAACUGAAGCCAUUGGAGAUCUACAAGGAUUUUAUAAAGAAUCAAAGAAGAAAUUUGAUGCCGAUUCUGAUUUUAAAGAGAGGGCCCAGAAAGCAGUAGUCAGUCUUCAGGGAGGAGAAGAGAAGUAUCGGAAGGCAUGGGCACAGAUCUGUGAAACUAGUCGAAGGGAAUUUGAUAAAGUUUAUCUGCGGCUAGGUAUUAAGCUGGAGGAGAAGGGGGAAAGCUUUUAUAAUCCAUAUAUCCCAAAGGCUUUAGAGCUAUUGAGUAAAGAGAACUUAAUUGAAGAAAGUGAAGGUGCACGUGUUAUCUAUGUUGGCGGGAUCACAAGACCUCUUAUUGUUGUGAAGAAGGAUGGUGGUUACAACUAUGCUUCAACUGAUCUUGCUGCUUUGUGGUAUCGGCUCAAUGAAGAAAAAGCAGAAUGGAUCAUAUAUGUAACUGAUGUUGGCCAGAGGGAGCACUUUGAAAUGUUUUUUGCUGCUGCCAGACAGGCAGGUUGGCUUCCAGCUGAAGAAGAUAAGUAUCCCAAAGUCAGCCAUGUGGGUUUUGGUCUUGUUUUAGGAGAAGAUGGAAAGAGAUUCCGUACGCGAGCUACUGAAGUUGUUAAACUAGUUGAUUUACUUGAUGAAGCUAAGAAUCGGUGUAAAGCAGCUCUGAUUGAAAGAGGCAAAGCUGAGAAAUGGACUGGGGAGGAGCUUGAGCAAACUGCUGAAGCUAUUGGAUAUGGGGCUGUAAAGUAUGCUGACCUAAAGAACAACAGGUUAACCAACUACACGUUCAAUUUCGAUCAGAUGCUUAAUGACAAGGGAAAUACUGCUGUCUAUUUGCUGUAUGCACAUGCUCGAAUUUGUUCAAUCAUCAGGAGAUCUGGUAGAGAUGUAGAGGAGUUGAAAAAGGUUGGAACAGUUGAUUUGGCUCAUCCAGAUGAACGGGUUUUGGGCCUUCAUUUGCUACAGUUCCCAGAGGUGGUUGAAGAGGCAUGUACAAAUAUGUUGCCAAACAUUUUGUGUGAAUACCUGUACAAUUUGUCUGAAGACUUCACAAAAUUUUAUACGAACUGUCAGGUGGUUGGGUCACCACAGGAGAUCAGUAGACUCUUGCUUUGUGAGGCAACUGCAGUUGUCAUGCGAAAGUGCUUUUUUCUGCUGGGAAUUACACCUGUCUAUAAAAUUUGAUUCCUUGAGAGAUACAUUUGCCGACCUCUAAUUUGUGGAUGUUAUACAAAGUUUGUACCUCACUUUGGCAUUUUUUUUUUACGUGAUGAUUAUAUUCUAGGAUAAGACGAGCCUUUUGCUCCUAUCUAAUGAAAGCAGUUUUAAAAUUUUUUGGAUUGAUUUCUACGAGUUACUGUCUGUAAAAUUUAUACCUUGUGUUCCA